AUGGCUGUCAUUUUGCCCUUUGACGAUGCCAGACCGUUCAGCGUUCGGAAGAUUAGACCUGCCAUAGAGUUGGCCAGAAGAAGACUGGAAAGAGACCAGACCCUUUCAGAGUCCACGACAAUUGCGUUCCAUUACGGAGACUCUCGUUGUGACAGUGCCCAUGCCAUUAACGAGGCCAUCAGACAGCAUAUUCUGUAUGGCGUGGACGUCUUCUUAGGACCGGUGUGUGACUACGCUGUAAGUUCGCUCGCCAGACAGUGUAAGCUGUGGAAUCUUCCUCUCGUUUCCUGUGGUGCGAUGGCUCGAGCUUUCACCUCGGCGAAGAAAUCUACCUUCUCCACCCUGACCAGGGUGGGACCAGUGAAUUUGCACUCCCUGUCGAUCAUGUUUAAGUUAAUCUUAAGUCAUUUCAACUGGAAACACGUGAAUCUUUUGUUCGAGGUAGUGGCGAAAGAUCAGCACAUGAAAGGAUUCUGCUACGUGGCCAUGAACGCUGUGUAUGUGAUCCGUCGUGACAAAGAAGCGUCCAUUCAAAUGACUUCUGCCCAGUUGGAUUACACUCGUGAUUAUGGUGAAAUAUUUUCCAAGAAAAUCUCAACAGACUUCGCAGAUUCUUGUGUGAAUAGCGUCAGUUCUGAAGCAACAACUCUCACGUUUGAUCAGUUCCUGUUGACAAAUCUCUUACAGCUUCAUGUGUGA